AUGGCUACGGUUGAUGAUCCAAGUAGCGAUCUCUCGAUUAUGAUUGACGAAACGUAUGAAUUCUCUGCACCUCGCUUCUUUGAUUUCGUCAAUGGCGAGUCUGAGGAGGAUAAGUGCCAAGCUGAACUCUGGUUCGACACCGCUCUCACCUAUGCUCCCUCACCUUGUAUGCCCAAAAUCAAGACUGCUAGAUCGAUUAAGGUUGAGAACUUAUGCGAUUUCAACCAAGCGGAAGAAAUGCAGAAGAAUUUAGAGCAAUCUGGUACAAGCUCGGUUGAUACGGUUGAUCCAACCACAUCUCAAACUGUAAUUCUGCCAAGUGAAACUAACAAAGAGUUAACUCCUAGCGAGCCCAGAGAAGAAAAGGCGUCUAUUCAAAAUGACACUACUCGUACUUGUGAAGAUGGAAGAGGAACUUCUUCAAAUGGUGGAAUCGAACUAAAAGAUCAUGAACAGAAGCGAGGUGGAUCAUCUAAAUAUAAAUUUCAAAAUGAUGCUUGUACUCCACUCCCAACUUUGAGUACUCACAAGGGCGAACAACGAACUAAAGGUGCCACUGCUAAGAAGCAAGAGACAGCGAGAAAGAUUGCCAGUAUGGUGAAGAACCCAUCGGCUCUGAAAGCCAGAAGCCAUUUGCAGUUAUCACAAACUAAAAGCGUUAAACCAAAUAGUGUGAAGAGGGAAACUAACGUGAAAGACACAAGUGGAAAUUCAUCUUUAGCUCAAGAGAAUCAGGCAAUUAAGCGGCAAAAGUUAGAUGGUGGUCUGUCGAGACAGAUUCUCAAUGUUAAACCCCAUACUUUGCCCCACAAGUCAAAAGUUGGCGCCUCUAACUUGUGUUCUUCAGUUGCUGACAAAACUAAGAAAGAAGAAAGGAAAAUUUAUGUUCGAGAACCAGCACCAUUCGUUUCAAUGGCUGAAAUGAUGAGGAAAUUCCAGUCAAGUACCAGAGACUUAUCAUUGCCUCAUGAUGCUGGUAGUUUUACACAGACGAAGCCCAAACUGACUUUGACUAGGCCAAAGGUUCCUGAAUUUGAAACAGCUCAAAGAGUUCGCUCUACCAAGGUGAAGAGUUCAGCUGAGCUAGAGGAGGAGAUGAUGGCCAAAAUGCCCAAGUUCAAAGCUAGACCGCUCAACAAAAAGAUCUUGGAAGCUCCCAAAGUACCUGUAGUACCGAGAAGCACACCCCAGCCUCCUGAAUUCCAGGAAUUUCACCUUGAGACAAUGGCAAGAGCGAACCAACAUGCAGAUUCAGCUUCAGUAAUCUCUACAGAAUCGUCUCGUCAGAAUAAUCAAUGGAAGCCUCAUCUUACCGAACCAAAGACCCCUGUUCUGCACACAUCACUAAGGGCUCGUCCACCACGGGCUAAGAGUUUCCUUGAAAUUGAACAAGAGGCGCUGGAGAAAAUUCCCAAGUUUAAAGCAAGGCCAUUAGAUAAAAAGAUAUUUGAAAGUAAGGGAGAGUUGGGGGUGUUUUCUAACAUGAAAAAACAUGUAACAAUACCGCAAGAAUUUCAUUUUGCAACAAACGAGAGAAUUCCUCCACCACCAACUGUUGUUGCUGAUCUGUUCGAUAAGCUCUCAAUAAGUUCCGAAACUCGCAGCGAGCAUCCAUUGCCAAGAAACACCAGGCCAAACCCCUUCCAUCUUUACACAGAGGAAAGAGGGGCUGAGAAAGAAAGAAAAUUCUUCAUGGGACUUGUGCAGAAGAAAUUGGAAGAGGAAAGAGCCGCCAUUCCAAGGGCCAACCCAUAUCCUUAUACCACCGAUUAUCCUGUGAUUCCACCAAAACCAGAGCCCAAACACUGCACCAAACCUGAACCCUUCCAACUGGAAAGUCUGGUGAGGCAUGAGGAAGAAAUGCAGAGGGAAAUGGAAGAAAGACGGAGAAUAGAGGAAGAAGAGGCCAGAAUGAGGGAUUUCAGGGCUCAGCCGGUUUUGAAAGAGGACCCAAUUCCACUACCAGAGAAAUCUCGGAAGCCCCUCACACAAGUUCAAGAAUUUAAUCUUCACGUUGAUAAUCGCGCUGUGGAUAGGGCAGAGUUUGAUCAGAAGAUCAAGGAGAAAGAGAUGAUGUACAAGAGAUACAGAGAAGAGAGCGACGCAGCAAGAAUGGUGGAGGAAGAGAAAGCAUUGAAACAACUGAGAAGAACACUGGUUCACCAUGCUAGACCAGUCCCCAAAUUUGACCAUCCAUUUCACCCCCAAAGGUCCCUCAAGGAAACUACAAAGGCCAAGUCACCGAAGUUACGCGUCCUUCAAAGAAGAAAGGAGAGCCAAAAUUUGAUUAAAGUUGCAAUGUCCAGCCCUGCAACUCAGUUAAGGUGAUGAAAUGUAUCAGACCACAACCGGACCAAUGUAUGUUGUUCAAAGAACUCUUGAACCCCCC